GAAAAAAAAAACACAAUUCGCAUUUCUCACAGACGCCGGAUAGAAGCUACGGUGAAUCACCGGAACCCUAAAGGACCAAAACGCAAUGGAUGAUGAAAAUCUUGAGGUCGAGAAAAUCAAAUUAAUCAGCUUAGCUCUCGAUUUAGGAUUUGAUGAAGAAUCCGCCAGAAAAUGCUUGGAUCGACUCGUUCAGCUCUACGGCGAGGAAGGAAGAAGCUUUAUCAAAGUGGAAUACUGCGGAGAUGAUUUCCUGGCGGCGUUGGCGGAAUCCAUUGUUGACACUGAGGAUUGGGGGAAUGAUGAUUUCCAGCAAAUGGAAUCGCAGGCUUGCGGAACCCUAAAGGAAGUGUUGGACCAGGAUGUUGGCAGUGGAAGCGUUGUUUCUGGGAAUUAUGUUCAUAUUAUUGAUGAUUCUUCCAGUGAAGAAAAAGAAGAAGGAGAUGAUGAUGAUUUUGUAAUUUCAAGCAAAAUGAAAGCAGAAACUUGUAGGGCUGGUUCUCAAAGCCAGGGUCUUGAUCGUAUUUUAGGGAAACGAAGUUCGAGGUCUGAGGAUUGCACAAGCAGUAUUACAAAUAGUUCAGUUUCAUCCACGAGAUUAAAACUUCCGGCACAAACUGAAAAUAGAACCAAGAUACUGACAUAUGAAGAGUUGCAGUGGUUGGAUGACCUUGAAUUGGCAAAUGUAGUUGUCUUUGGAAACACAAGUUUUCGGCCCUUACAGCAUCAAGCUUGUAAAACAUUUUGGGAGAAGCGUGAUUGCUUUAUCCUUAUGCCUACUGGAGGUGGUAAAAGCCUUUGUUACCAGCUUCCAGCGAUUCUACAACCAGGCGUGACACUCGUUAUUUCCCCUCUGCUUUCCCUCAUUCAGGACCAGAUAAUCACUCUCAACCUUAAAUAUGGAAUACCGGCUACUUUCCUAAAUUCUCAACAAAGUACUUCACAAUCAGCAGCAGUGUCUGAAGAAUUAAGGAAAGAUAAGCCAUCAUGUAAGCUCCUAUAUGUAACUCCUGAGAGGGUUGCUGGAAAUUUAUCAUUUCAAGAAAGCCUGAAAUAUUUACACAUGAAGGGUAAUUUGGCUGGAUUUGUAGUCGAUGAAGCACAUUGUGUAAGUCAGUGGGGACAUGAUUUCCGUCCGGAUUACAAACUUUUAGGAUGCCUCAAGAGAAACUUUCCCAGAGUUCCUGUGAUGGCAUUAACAGCCACAGCAACCCAAAAAGUUCGUGAGGAUAUCUUAAAAGCUCUUGGAAUUCCUCGUGCAAUCGUCUUAGAGAAGAGCUUCGAUAGACCCAAUUUAAAGUAUGAAGUGAUCGCAAAGAACAAAGAACCACUCAAACAGCUUGGGAGUCUACUAUUGGACCGUUUCCAGGAUUUGUGUGGUAUUGUGUACUGUCUUUCAAAAAGUGAAUGUGUGGAUGUCUCAACAUUUCUAAACGAAAAAUGUAAGGUCAAAACAGUUUACUAUCAUGCUGGUCUUGCUGCACGUCAAAGGGUUGAGGUUCAAAAGAAAUGGCACACUGGAGAAGUCCAUGUUGUGUGUGCUACCAUAGCUUUUGGGAUGGGAAUAGAUAAACCUGAUGUUAGGUUCGUUAUCCACAACACUAUGUCUAAAUCAAUUGAAAGCUAUUAUCAAGAAUCGGGAAGAGCAGGUAGAGAUAACUUUCCUGCCACAUGCAUUGCCCUAUAUCAGAAGAAGGAUUUCAGUCGAGUAAGUUGUCUGUUGAGAAACGGGCAUGGCCGAACAUUUGAGAGCUUGAAAUUGGCCAUGGAACAAGCUCGGAAAAUGCAGGAGUAUUGUGAACUUAAGACUGAAUGUCGUAGACAAGCUUUAUUAGCACAUUUUGGAGAAACCUUCGACUCUAAUGCCUGCAAACAUGGAUCUAAUCCUUGUGACAACUGCCUCAAAGCUGCGCGAUAGAAUGAGACAUGUAUCUUCAGCUGCAUCAGGACAGUCUCGAAUACUAAGCAAGCACAAUUCUCCAGGUAGAUAUUAGAACUGGAAAGUCCAGAUUUUGCUUGAUUUACUCCUUAAGAAACUGGUUUCGACACUGUUAUUCUUAAUCAUCUCGAACAGGGGUCUAAGGGGUGGUAGCUUCCUUGUCUGCUAACUUUUUUGGGGACCUGUUUUUGGCAAACAUAUUCAAAUAAGCUGCAUCUGAGGUUCUGUUUCCACUUUAGGGCUGGUUUGUGCCAUAUCGGAUCAUAACUUCCGGCUCCAGUAAGAUCCAUUAGCAAGGUUCAGACACGCUGUCAUGCUAAUUCAUCAAAGUAUUCUCUUAGGCUCUCCACAAAAUCAUGGACGACUCUGGACACAUGCAAUCAGAUCUCAGUUUUAUUUCAGCAGUUCCGGUGUAACUUCCAUUGACAUAAUGCAGUUUUACAUUCUUUGGUUAUUGUUUCUUGUCUUCUGUUCGGUGUAUAUAUAUAUCAGAGUAAUUCUUGCUCCUCAGCUCUUUUAAUAGACUUUUAAUAUCUGAUGAUGAUAAAAACCAAAAUAAACAUAAAAUUUUGGUCUUCCGGGCAUUACGCAAUUACAAUAUUGAUUUCAGGUCACGUAUGCCUUUUGACGUCAGUUCGUUGUGAUCUUCUGACCAAAAUAAGAUUUGGGUGUGAUCUUUUUUGACCAUUUUUUUUUCCUCAUCUUUUUGGAGAUUUUGCUUGCAUAAUUGGUCAUCUAUGACUAAAAUGUAAAAUUGGGAUUUGUGGAAUUCCCUUUUCAUGAAAAGUUUUACGCAGGUAGAAGACGGACAAGUGGAUGAUUCGUUUUUUUAAG